GCCAUCACAUCAAUGAUAAUAUUCCAGAGUUUUUGCAAAACGGUGUCCAAAAUAAAGGCAAAACUAAUGAUGAAAAUAAGGAUUUAUCGAAACGACAACCUAAUGGUCACAAUAACCAGAAACCGGUCUCUAAAGUGAUGCCGAAGACUAAUCCGAAGACAACGGUUAAGACCAAUGCAAACGUGAGGCCAACACAAGAGCCAAGAGUUGGGGCAAAGAAUACGACGAAGAAAGUGGUCCUCAAAGACACGUCUAUUCCCAGCAUUUCGUUCAUCACAACCGAAGAAUUUGCUUCAAUUCCUCAUUAUAUGUUGGGACGACUCACCUAUGAAGUGAUCAAUAGAGCCAUCGCUGACUUCAACCGAACCAUUGCCACCAAAUAUAAGAUAAUAAACAACUAUUCGACCAAAUAUUGUGACGAAGAUCUGCGCAAAUAUGCCGCGUAUAAGGAACAGGAGAACUCGGAAACUGAUGGACAAUAUUUUUGUACAAUCAAUGACUUGAAAGACUUAAGUGAUCUCAAACUGGACAUCACUAUCCGGAAGGCCAUCAUUUGUCUCCGUCAUUGCAAACGCGUUAAAGAGAUCCGCGGAAAUCCUCCUAAACUUAUCAGAUAUGCGAUCGUCAAGAGCACCACUUUUAUGGAUUAA